ACGGCCUGCCUCCCACCCGGCUCUCUGGUCCCGGCGGUAAGAUGGCGGCUGCCGCGGAGUGCGAUGUGGUAAUGGCGGCGACCGAGCCUGAACUGGUGGAGGACGAAGAAGCAAAGAGGAAAGCAGAAUCCUUCAAGGAACAAGGGAAUGCAUACUAUGCUAAGAAGGACUACAACGAAGCUUAUAACUAUUACACAAAAGCCAUAGACAUGUGUCCAAAAAAUGCUAGCUACUAUGGCAAUCGGGCAGCCACCUUGAUGAUGCUUGGACGGUUCCGGGAAGCUCUUGCAGAUGCACAGCAGUCAGUGAGAUUGGAUGACAGUUUUGUCCGGGGACAUCUCCGAGAAGGCAAGUGCCACCUGUCACUUGGGAAUGCAAUGGCAGCAUGUCGAAGUUUCCAAAGAGCCCUAGAAUUGGAUCAUAAAAAUGCCCAGGCACAGCAAGAGUUCAAGAAUGCCAAUGCAGUCAUGGAGUAUGAGAAAAUAGCAGAAGUGGAUUUUGAAAAGCGAGACUUCCGGAAGGUUGUUUUCUGCAUGGACCGUGCCCUGGAGUUUGCCCCUGCCUGCCAUCGCUUCAAAAUCCUCAAAGCAGAAUGUUUAGCAAUGCUGGGCCGAUACCCAGAAGCACAGUUUGUGGCCAGUGACAUUUUACGAAUGGAUUCCACCAAUGCUGACGCUCUAUAUGUGCGUGGCCUUUGCCUUUACUAUGAAGAUUGUAUUGAGAAAGCAGUUCAGUUUUUCGUACAGGCUCUCAGGAUGGCUCCUGACCACGAGAAGGCUUAUGUUGCUUGUAGAAAUGCCAAAGCCCUUAAAGCCAAGAAAGAAGACGGGAAUAAAGCAUUUAAGGAAGGAAAUUACAAGCUAGCUUAUGAACUGUACACAGAAGCCUUGGGGAUAGAUCCCAACAACAUAAAAACAAACGCUAAACUCUACUGUAAUCGGGGUACGGUUAACUCCAAGCUUAGGAAACUAGAAGACGCCAUAGAGGACUGCACAAACGCAGUGAAGCUUGACAACACCUACGUAAAAGCCUACCUGAGAAGAGCUCAGUGUUACAUGGACACAGAGCAGUAUGAAGAAGCUGUGCGGGACUAUGAAAAAGUGUAUCAGACGGAGAAAACAAAAGAACACAAGCAGCUCCUUAAGAAUGCACAGCUGGAGCUGAAGAAGAGCAAGAGGAAAGAUUACUAUAAGAUCCUAGGAGUUGACAAGAAUGCCUCUGAGGACGAGAUCAAGAAAGCUUACCGCAAACGGGCCUUGAUGCACCAUCCAGAUCGGCACAGUGGGGCCAGUGCUGAGGUUCAAAAGGAGGAGGAGAAGAAGUUCAAGGAGGUGGGAGAGGCCUUUACGAUCCUCUCUGAUCCCAAGAAAAAAACCCGUUAUGACAGUGGGCAGGACCUGGAUGAGGAGGGCAUGAAUAUGGGCGAUUUUGAUGCAAACAACAUCUUCAAGGCAUUCUUUGGUGGUCCUGGGGGCUUCAGCUUUGAAGCAUCUGGCCCAGGGAAUUUCUUUUUUCAGUUUGGCUAAUGAAGGGCAACCACUCAAAACCCAGAAAAUGCAGACUUGCUCAGUUUCACCAUGAAUGUGGACAGUUCACUCCUCCAUCAUGUCCCCGUGUGCUUAGAGCAGUUUCAUUUUCUCAGUUGGGUGCCCUGUGUCUGUAUGAGGGGUGAAGGAAAGGGAGCCAGUGCUGAGGACUGGGGAGGGAGGGAAGCCAGGGGUAGACAGGAAGGCAGCUUGUGAAUUUUUGUUGUAUUGUUUAACUUUAUUAAAAAAGAAAAAGAAUAAAAUGUUUUGAACGUU